UGCUUGUCUAAUCUAAUCUAUCCACCUUAUUGAAAGAUGAGGCCAAUAAGAAAUGUUGAGGACCUUGGAGGGGCCAUUGUGAUGGAAAAACAAAGUAUAUAAUAUACUACAUUUUCUUAAACAAAGCUUGGAGGCCAUCAAAAGGCUUUGGAACGAUUGGGAGAUACAAUGUUUGAUACUCGCAAGCUUUGGCCUACAAGUCUUCCUCUUGUUCGCGGCAGGCAUGCGGAGGCACAGCGUAUCCCGUGUCAUCAACUCGCUUCUAUGGUUGGCCUACUUGUCGGCUGACUCCGUUGCCGUUUUCGUUCUUGGCCAUCUCGCAGCCAAUGCAAGCGGCUCGCACCAUCUUCUUGUCUUUUGGGCACCGUUCCUGCUCCUCCACCUGGGAGGUCAGGACACUAUCACCUCCUUCUCUUUGCAGGACAACGAAUUGUGGAGACGCCACCUGCUGGGAUUGGUCACCCAAGCAGCGGUGGCCGUCUACGUCAUCUCCAUAUCAUCUUGGCAGGAUAGGCGACUCCUAGCUGCCACUGUGCUCAUGUUCCUCUCUGGGUGCGUCAAGUACGCCGAGCGUAUUCUUUGCCUCUACAUUGCUAGCCCAAAAUUCUCUAAAGCUAUGUACUGGUCUCUUAUGGGUCAAUAUAUACAUGUACAAAAGGGUAGAAGUACAUUAAGGCUGCAUGAUGAGCACUCGGACAUCCAGAACAGGCUAUUUGAUCAAAUGCUUAAUGUCGAUAUGAGACUUCCUGGCAUUAGCACACUGGACAUAGUAUUGUCUGAUACUCCAGUCAAUCGUCUACUCACUGCUGAUGAUAUGGCUCUCAUACCUGCCGUGCUCCGAUCGCUCAAGUCUGAAGAAGAACGAUGCAGGGCCUACGGCUAUGUCAGUGCACGGUUUGUUCGCCAUUAUGAAGGCCUCUACACCAAAGCUAGGUUUCAUUUUCACUGCUUUGGCAAUAUGAUCUCUCUUCUUCAUAUCAAGAUAGUAGAAACCCACGAACUGAUGAUGAGACUAAUUAUCACCUUCUCUGUAUGCUUAUUCCCACUUCUUUCAUCCUUCAUAACCCUAGUGAUCUUCAUGUUUGCUGAAAAGGGCCAACUCUACAGCCGGGUUGAUAUCACAAUCUCCUACAUAUUACUCAUAGGGGCCAUAACUCUGGAGGUGGCAUCUCUUUCCAUGACCAUUCUUUCCUACUUUGCCUCGACUGACUCAGAAGCAUCUUGUCCCGGUCUUACAUGUGUUGCCAAAUAUAUUCAUCCGGCAGGCCUGCGUAGAAAACAUUGGUCCAAAAUGCUAGCACAGUAUAGCAUGAUCAGAACUUACACUAGUCAAGAUGGCAUGGGCAUCAUCCUGUCGAUUCUACCACAAUGGAUCGGCAAGCAUUUACAUAACAACACAUUAACAAGAAUUCCCAUCACGAAAGAUCUCGAGAAGUUUGUCCUCGACAAACUGUUAGACUUCGGAGCAAGUAAACACAGCUGGAAUUUUGCUACCUUCCGUGGACAAAUAGCACUGAGAAGGUGGCCGGCUAUGCACGCAAUCAUCAACAGUGCUGAUCUGCCAACAAGUGUGCUGAUCUGGCACAUUGCAACGGAGAUAUGCUACUUCGGAGAAAAUAGCAACACUAGUCCUUAUGAAAGUAAGAUUACAAGGGUGAGCAGAGAGCUGUCAAACUAUAUCAUGUACCUUGUCUUCAAGUGCAGUGUGAUGCUUACCGACAGCACCAAGCUCCUAUACAUUGAAACUCAUAGGAAGAUUUGUCUUGAUGGGCAUUCAGAUCUAGGUGAGGCAGAUGCUAUCAGGAUGGUGUUUGAAGCGAACAAAGGAGGGUACGAACCAGCCAAUAAAGAUAAUCUGAGAAGCAGCAGCAGCAGCAGCAGAGAAGUGCAACUUCCAGAAACCAACAUGAGUAUUGAUCUUGAUUUUCCGGUGUUGCCUCACGCAUGUACAGUGGCAAAAGAGUUGCAGGGCAUACAGGGAGAAGUCCACCGUUGGGACCUCAUUGCGGCCGUAUGGCUGGAGAUGCUUUUCUACAUCGCGCCUCGAUGCGGGGGUGCUUUCCAUAUGCAGCAUCUCAGCACCGGUGGGGAGUUCAUCACACACGUGCUCUUCCUGAUGGGCUCACUCGGCCCUUUUCUACCACCCCCAGGAACUUAAUUAGGAACCAACUGGGCAUGAUGUAUCACUUAUCGUCGCAAUGGAUCAUUAUAAUAGCAAAAAUUACUUACUAUGUCUGUCCUCAAAAAAAAAACUUACUAUGUAUUAUAUGGUAACAUUUGGUGUUAUUGUAACAUUUCAGAAAUUCCUUGUAAACUUUGUACUGUGAUCAGAAUAAAUGUCAGUUGUAACACAGUUAGGACCAUUAUUAGUGUAUUA